GGAGUACCGACGGCUUUAAGUUGAUGAAUUUAGUCAGCGGACAUCGCCUCUUGUACCGGAGAUCCAGGAGACUCGAGGAGUUUGCCCGAGCCGUCUUCUGCAGCGCAGGCUCGUCCAGCCUCUUGAGUUAUCGACAGCCUUGGUGUCCUGAUGCCACAGAUGCCAUGCCACUGCUGUAUGAAAGAUAACCUUACUUUCGACCUUCUGUCCUUUGGCCAGCUCCAUGUCUGAGAACGGUGAUCCAAAGCUCUACCUGUACUCGAACAUGGAUGGGCAUGAACGGGACUGUGGGAGGGUUGACUUUCAGGUGGAGGAAGAAGAGGGUGCUGCCUGUGGCGCCAUGAGCCAAUUGCACUGCAUGACCAGUGGUUACAACGAGGGAUGUGGUGGGCGGGGUGGGGCUGAGCUGGAGCCUGAGCUGGGACUUGCCUCUGAGGGGAGUGACAGCAGUCAUGAGCAUCCAACCUCACCUGGUUCGCCGCAUGAUGAGAGGAAGCGGUCACGUCCAACGCUACAUGAGGAUGUUGAGAUGGGCGGCAGUGGCUCCAGCGGGAGUGGCACCGAGUCCCACGGUAAUGAAUCCCACGGCAAUGAGUCCCACGGCAAUGAGUCAGUGGGCAGCUCCAAUGGCAAUGGCAAAGACUCUGCCCUGGAGUCAUCAGGAAGCAACAAGAGCUCAAACUCUCACAGCCCAUCACCGCCAAGCAGCUCCAAUGCCUUCAGUCUGGUGAGCUCCGAGCAGGACAACCCUUCAACCAGCGGCUGUAGUAGCGAACAAUCAGCCAAAGCCAAAACCCAGAAGGAGCUCUUCAAGACACUCAAGGAUCUGAAGAAGCACCUGCCAUCGGAAAAGAGGAGUAAGGGCAAGUCCAGCACUCUGAACACCCUCAAAUAUGCCCUGCGAUGUGUCAAACAGGUCAAAGCCAAUGAGGAAUACUACCAGAUGCUAAUGAUCAAUGACAGCCAGUCACCUGGUCUCGAUGUGUCAUCCUACACCAUAGAGGAAAUCAACAGCAUUACCUCCGAAUACACCCUCAAAAAUACUGAUAUAUUUGCUGUGGCUAUAUCACUUGUCACAGGAAAGAUUGUAUACAUCUCAGACCAGGCAGCGUCCAUCUUGAACUGCAAGCGGGAGGUGUUUAACAAUGCCAAGUUUGUUGAGUUCCUGACACCCCAGGAUGUCAGCGUGUUCUAUAGUUUCACCACUCCAUACCGCCUGCCCUCGUGGAGCAUGUGCACCGGAGCAGAGUCCUCUCCUUCUGAGUGCAUGCAGGAGAAAUCCUUCUUUUGCCGCAUCAGUGGUGGUAAAGAGCAUGAGGGAAACCUCCAGUACUACCCCUUCCGUAUGACACCCUAUUUGAUGAAGGUCCAAGACGCCGAGCUGGCUGAGGAACAGUUCUGCUGCCUCCUAUUGGCUGAGAGGGUACACUCUGGAUAUGAAGCACCCCGGAUCCCCCCUGACAAGCGCAUCUUCACCACCACACAUACGCCCAACUGUAUAUUCCAGGAUGUUGAUGAGAGGGCUGUCCCACUGUUGGGCUACCUCCCCCAGGAUCUUAUCGGGACGCCCGUGCUGUUCAACCUGCACCCCAGUGACCGACCCCUCAUGCUGGCAGUACACCGCAAGGUUUUGCAGUAUGCGGGGCAGCCAUUCGACCACUCCUCCAUCCGUUUCUGUGCGAGGAACGGCGAGUAUGUUACCAUCGACACCAGCUGGUCAAGCUUUGUCAACCCCUGGAGCCGCAAGGUCUCUUUUGUGAUUGGCCGGCACAAAGUCCGCAUGGGUCCUGUGAAUGAAGAUGUGUUUGCAGCCCCAGCUUUUCAUGGAGGGAAGAUCAUGGAUUCAGAUAUCCAGGAAAUCAGUGAACAGAUUCAUAGGCUUCUACUGCAGCCGGUCCACAACAUGGGUUCCAGUGGUUAUGGAAGCCAUGGCAGCAAUGGUUCCCAUGAGCAGCAGGUGAGCAUCAGCUCAUCAAGUGAAAGUAAUGGCAAUGGGAAUGUCACAAUCAGAAAUGUGGUAGAGGAAACAGGCAAGGCCAAGCCCAGGACGUUCCAGGAGAUCUGUAAGGGAGUCCACAUGCUAAAGAACCAGGACCCCCAAGUCUACCUGCCCUUACCCGCUCCUUCAACAUCCAACCCUGAGCUAAGGAAGACCACUGACACAGUCGCAACCCAGAAGAUUCCCAUAAUGCGUCUAAAAGACUCAGUGCCCCAUCUGCAGGCCAAAGACAGUACUGCAGCCAGCAUGGAGGACCUUACUUGUAAAGACCAGACUGUCUACUCCUACCAGCAGAUAAGCUGUUUGGAUAGCGUCAUUAGGUACCUUGAGAGCUGUAACAUCCACAUCACAGUGAAGAGGAAGUACCAGUUCUCCUCCAAUACCACCUCCUCCAACUCAGAUGAGGACAAGAAAGGCUCUGAGAGUGCCAUGCAAGGGCCACAGGAUACACACACAGACCCUUUGAUGCUGGAUUCCCAGCCAGCGCUAUCUAACAUGAAAGCCCCUAAGAAGCCUCCAUCUGGUGCUGCUCCAGUGGUGGGAGGCCCCCUGACGCCCCUCACCCUGCCCAGCAAGGCUGAGAGCGUGGUGUCCAUCACCUCACAAUGCAGUUACAGCAGUACCAUAGUUCACGUUGGGGAUAAGAAGCCACAGCCUGAGUCUGAAAUUAUAGAGGAUGUGGCAGAGAGCCCAGCCCCCCCUCCGCCACCUGUCAGUGUGGUGUCUCCACCGAGCCAGGAGGAGGAGGCUUAUAAGAGACUGGGCCUCACCAAGCAGGUCCUGGCUGCGCACACCCAGAAAGAGGAGCAAGCUUUUCUCAACCGCUUCCGGGAGCUCCGCAAUGCCAGAACCUUCCAGCGGGACUGUUCAACAUAUCUUCACAAGCAGAGAGGUCCAGCCUGCACUGGAGAGUUACCUGGAGUCAGAGGUGCCUCCAAACCAGGUGCUGCCAGGCCUGAGCCAACUGCCAAGAAAGGCAGCCGCAACAGGAAGUCAAAGAAGCCUCGUAUGAAACACCCAGAUUCAUCUGAUAGUGCUGUGUCAAAUCGCAAGCCUAGACCACCGCUUCAGGGUCUAAAUCAAACUUCUUGGUCCCCAUCUGAAGCCUCCCAAUCAGCCUUCAAUGUUUCUUAUUCAACCAUGGUGCCAGCCUACCCACUCUCUGUGUACCCCACAGCCCCUGUGCCUCCAGCACAACCCCCCCGCCCUGACCCUGCCCUUUCUACAGGCUUUGGGGAGGGUCAGAACAGUCAAGCCCCACCUACUGCCAAUCCAUACUCCACCCCAAUUGUUACGCCGGUGGUGGCUUUGGUUCUGCCCAAUUACCUGUUUCCCCAAAUGGGCCAAAUGGGGGCUGCUCCCAGACCAACUUUCUUCCCUGAGCAGACCCAGACCCAACCUACCUACAUAACCCAACAGCCCUUUCAACCCCCCCAAUCUGCCUACCCCAUUCAAACACAAACUCCCUACGCAAGCCAGCAGCCGUUCCCUGCCCAACCCUCCUUUACUACCCAACAGCCAUUCCAAGCCCCUCAGACAGCUUACACUACCCAGCAACCCUUCCAAACGCAAUCUGCCUACACUAACCAGCAGCCUUUUCAAGCCCCACAGACAGCCUAUGCUACACUGCAGCCCUUCACAACUCAGCCCUCUUUCCCAGUUGGGACUCAGUUUGUUACACAGACCCCCUAUCCAACACAACCCUUCCCUUAUGGCCUGGCUGCUGAGCCCUCCAAAGCUCCAGCCACGGAGCCCCGAGAUGGGGCUGCAUCUCGCUCCUCCACCCCGGCUUCAGGGGUUCCAGGGCCUGCCACGUCGCCACCACUAUUUGAGUCUCGGUGCAGCUCUCCCCUGCAGCUCAACCUGCUGAGUAUGGAAGAGACACAGCGCUCAGUCGAGCGGCAGGACAGCACAGCACCCCCAGCUGGAGCCCAGGGCAACACCACAGUGGGAGCAACUGGGGAAAAAAACGGAGCCACAGCCAAGCUUGAUCCCCACCAACAGGUGGAGUCGUUGGGGGAUGGGGCCCAUAGUGAUGGUAACUCCUCAUCCAGUGACAUGCUGGACAUCCUGCUGCAGGAACAGGAGGACUCCCACUCUGGUACCGGCUCAGCCACCUCUGGGUCCAUGGGCUCUGGAUCAGGAUCCAAUGGCUGUGGGACAUCAGCUAGUGGGGCAUCUGGAAGCAGAACAGGGAGCAACAACACCAGCAAGUACUUUGGCAGUGUGGAUUCGCUGGAACAUGAACCCAAGGCCAAGACCAAGACCAAGACCCGGUCAGAGGGAGGCUCAAAGUCUCAGGGCCAGAGUUCAGCUCAAGACGAGGGAGAACAUUUCAUGUAUGUCCUCCAGGAGCCACUCUGGCUACUAAUGGCUAAUGCAGAUGACAAGGUUAUGAUGACCUAUCAGAUGCCAUCAAGGGACAUCCAGAAGGUGCUGCGCGAGGACAAGGAGAGGCUGAGACAGAUGCAGAAGAGUCAGCCACGCUUCUCCUCAGACCAACGCAGAGAACUGGUAGAGGAGCACCCCUGGAUGAGAAGAGGAGGCCUGCCUUCUGCUGUCAAUGUUAAGGAGUGUGUGUACUGUGAGGAUGCAGCAGCAGCCCCUAUUGAGGAAGAUCUGCCGGACAUGGACAUGGGGGACCUGGGAGAAGAACCAGGCCAGGAGGAGCAAAACCCCCAGAUCCAGACAGGGGAGUUCCAACCACAGCCUGACUCUGGCCCCUAAACACACUGACCAUCAGAUGGACACACUCCAACCAUGGACCCUUAUGUUGAAGAACUGACACUAAGACAGAGAUCAGCACCUACACACACAUGCACACACUCACAUAUCACAGAUGUGAGAUGAACAGCAGUGUGCCUGAACGUACUCACUUGAAACACACACUUGAAAGCUUUUACUCAAACAGAACUCUGUUGCCAUCAUGUUGGUGAUGAGACUGAAUACUACUGUAUGUGUCUCUUAAUGUGUGUGUGUGUGUUGUGUAGGACAGAGGGCAGCUGGAUUGACGUUUAAAAUUGUCCCCACCCAGGGGACAGUAGUGUGUGGAUUGUAAUGGGUUAAUGAAUUUACACAUUUUCCUGUUCACCACAUGCACACAAACAUGCAGGCUCUUACAUGCGCGAGCCCAACAUGUGUACUUGUAGACCUUUUUACCUCAAAGAAUUUUUUUUGUAUCUUUGAGCAUGACCCCCAUCCUUCCAAUUCUCAUAGACUUUUUUCUUUAGCAUCAUCAGCAGAUAUUGAAUUAAGUCUGUCCAAUUGGCAAGUUGGCAUCCUAUAAAUACAUUAUGAAUACCAGAUUUAUAAAAGGCAUACAUUUACCGUUACAAAAACCUUUCGGUGAAUUUGAAAGUAUGAAUAACUCAGCAAAGCUGAUGAAAAUGAUCUGAUUUUAGACUAUUUCAAUUUUUUCUUCGAUGUGGUGCCAAGUGAAAUGAUAUCGUGGUCUUACUUACAGCCUUGAUAUCCUAAGAUUCCUUCUGGUGUCCCAUUUGAACAUAUGUACAUUAAAUAAUGGUGCUCAAUCGAUAAUGUAAGCUGGGUCAAAGGGCAGAGACUCCCACUUUUGUUACAGUGAUGAGUUUUGAAUCUCUCUUGCCAAAAUCCAGACACCAUGAACGUUGCUGCAGUAUAUUUAUAAACAGGUAUGAUAGUAUCUUAACAACAGGACCAGGUAGACCAACUUUUUUUUUCUUCUUUUUGUACAACAGUGACAAUCAGAUGUGUGUGACACCCAUAUUUCAAUCCCUUAUUUAUUUUAUACCAGAUAAUGUAUGAAGAGGUUUUAUAAACCAAAGACAUGCUUACAACUAUUUCAGUAAAGUAUUAGUGGAUGUAAAGUAGUUCAAGGUCGAUCUUCAAAAAGUGCUCAAAUGUUACACCAGAUUUCAUCAGUCAAUAGGAAGAACUUGUGUUCACCGGUGUUGACAGUAGUCUAUUCAUGUUUUUCCAAACAAGGGCAUUUUGAAAGUGAGGAUGAUUACAUUGAAAACUGGGGAAUGCUUGUGCAAUUCACAUGUAGCCUACAGUGAUGUUUGCCGCACUAAGUGUUUUAAAGGAGGUAGGUGUUGUUACAGAUAAACAAGCAGCUGGAAUCUGUUUCCACAAGGAAAACGAUCAACAUUGCAACUGUAAUGUCCUAAUUCCAAGAGGGUGCAGUUUCUGCUUGGAAGGGCAGAUACGGUGCUUAUUGCAGUCUAAGUGAUUCUUCUCUGCGGGCAUGUGCAUUUUCUCACCUGCAGUUCAGCAUUUUUUCUUUCAAGUGCUGAGAAGAAGGAUUAUAUUUGGGGGAAUAUUGUGUAUUCCCAAAUCCAAAAAGAGCCUUCAUCCCCCCUUUUAUAACACUUUUGGUUUUCUUAAGCACUCAUCAUCAUCAUCGUCGUCAUCAACAUGUUAAUGAAUAUUUCUGAUGGCUAUUCCGUUUGUCACUGAUUUGCAAUCAUGUUAAAUGGUUGAGGAGAGAGCGUAUCACUGCCUGAUGUGUUUGUUGUCAUUGCAAUGAUCAUUUUAGAUGUUUGGUAUACUACCAAAAUGCUCUAAAAAAGGCUCAAAAUCCUCAAGACACAUUUUAUUUACCAGGGGUUACGUCCCCUACAAGAUCAGUUUCUAUAAUAGACUACUGUGAAAACUGUUGGUCCUGAGACAUUUUUGCCUUGGUAGUGAGGCAUCCCAUCAGGAUGUCCCAUCUAGGACUCUUAAUAUCAUGUAAGAAUAUUGCAUUACAGCUGUAGGAAAUAUGCAGACUAUGUUGCCUGAGUAAGCUGCCGGUGAUUGGUUUUUAAAGAAAACUAUGUUAUACAUAGAAGUUAACCAGGUUGCAUAGGAAGUUAAGACGUUCUUGAAAUCAUACUCGCCCUAUGGAGCACGACAAAAGUGGUAUGGAAACUGGAAACCACACAAGGUCUUCAUACGCCCACUGUGCAGCAUGGGAGACUUGGGAACAGUCGUGGUGCUAGAGGAGACACUGGUUUUUUUGGGCGGGGGGGGGGGGCUGUGAAUCUGCAGGAACACAGCCUGGACCAAGAGUAUGUCACUGGCAUAGUUUGUGUUGAUGGUUUUAAUUUUUAUUUUCUGUUGUGCACUUACUCUUGUUCUCUUUGUCAGCUCUAUUUUGUCUUUGUUGUUUCACUUUUCUAUUUUAUCUUGUUUGUUUUGUUGUUUGUGUGUUUGUUUUUCAUUGAGUUGUUGAAAGUAAGAUUGCCAUUGGGGACCUACCUCUGAUAAAAGCCAGGUCAUGUUACUGUAAGUAGGGAAUAACCAACAUAGGAUGUGUAUGUGUGUGGGCAAAAAGCAAUGGACGGAGUUUGACAAUACUUUGGUAAUUCCACUGGGUGGUUUGCAUGUACAGAGUCUCUAAAGAGUUUCUGCCUUGGACCCAAAGGGGUGUGGGGACACUGCUCUAGUGGGACAGUGCACCCCCACCCCCCAUCCAUCCAUCCAUCCCUCUUUUAUCUCUCACCAUGACUGAAUGGACAGAGAGACCCAGCUCUCGUCCCAACUAAACACAACUAGUGAUUUUUUUUGGGGUUUUUUUUUUUUUUUUUUUGGUCAUCUUUUGUCGCAUUUUUGUGCAAAUUAUACCAGGGGCUUCCUCUGGCCCACCUGUGUGUAAAGUGUUAAGACUGCAUGAAUGUUGUUUUUUAUUAUUAGUAUUAUUAUUAGUAUUAUUAUUUGUUCAUUGGUAUAUGGGCAUCAGCUGUCGAGGAAAUAGAAGGCAGGAUUAAGGAUGCUGCUGUAUUCUUUAGUGUCUCACUGUUUAGUAAAGGUGUCACUAUUUGGUGCUUUCUUUUUUCUUUUUUUUUCUAAUAACAAGGGAAGCAGUUUUGACUUCGUUAUACACAGGUGGGUCAUUGGAAUCUUUGUGUUUUGUAAAUGCAUACAUGGUACCAGCACCUUAUGUUGUGUACGGUCGUGUAUAUUUGCCUCAUUGCCACUGUAUGAGCCUGUGGUGUAUAUUAACAGUUGGGUGCAUUUUUGUAGGUGAGGAGAUGUGUUUUUUGAGAUGUUACUAUGUUGUAAUAAAAUGAUGAAGA